AUUCGAUAUUGAGGUUUCUGUUCAUUCACAACCCGAAUGAAAGCUUUAAAUCUCACAGCAGGAAAAAGGAUAUCUACAGGGUUAUUAUACCGCAGUUCCAGAUUAUCAUCGACAAGAAUCGCGUUUAUCCAUCAAAGCACAACCAACAUAUUCUAUAGAAGGACCCAGAUCAGCACCAUGUCCUCCAUCGUAGACAGCGUCAAGAACACCAUCGCCGAGAACUUCGGUGGUCCAGCCGAAAAGCUCGCAACCCACCAGUUCUCGCUCUCCGAAACCCCCGACCUCACCAACAAAGUAGCCGUCGUCACCGGCGGCAGCGAAGGUAUCGGCUACGGCGUCACCCACACUCUUCUGUCCCACAACAUCAGCAAACUCUUCAUCCUCUCCAUCUCCGAAGACGUCGUCAACGGCGCCAAGAGGUCCGUCGCUGAAGAACUCGGCCAAGAGAAAGCUGAUCGCACAGAGUGGAUCCAGUGCGAUUUGAGUAACUGGGCUGAAGUGAAGAAAGCAGCCGAGCAGAUCAAGAAAUCUACUGAUCGUCUAGAUAUUCUUGUUAAUAAUGCGGGAAGAGGAAUUAUGACGUAUCAGCUUUCGAAGUAUGGUGUUGAUCAGCACAUGGCUGUGAACCACUUUGGUCAUGUUCUUUUGACUUCUUAUUUGCUCGAGCUUUUGAAGAAGACGGCUGAUGAGCAUGGGACUGUGAGGAUUGUUAACCUUGCUUCUAAUGCGCAUCAGGGUGCGCCUAGCGAUGUCAAGUUUGAGAGCCUUGAUGAGCUGAACCAGGAUCUUGGACCGAACCCUCAGUAUGGACGAUCCAAGCUGGCCGCCAUUCUGUAUAGUCGGUAUUUGGAUCGUCAUGUCACCAAGGCUGGAAACCCCAAGAUCUUGGUGAAUGCCACGCACCCUGGAUUCGUCAGCACCAGACAGAGCGUUGAGCAUAUCCAUGAAGCGUAUCCCCUUGCUGGUUACGCCAUGUCGACUGGCAUGGAACCUUUCAAGAAGGAUCAGUUCCAGGGCGCCACUAGUUCGGUGUUCGCUGCGACUAUCACUGACAAGUCGGGACAGUAUAUCUGCCCUCCUGCUGUGCCGGAAUCGGGUAAUGAACUUUCGCAGAAUGAGCAGCUUGGUGAACAGUUGAUGGAGUUGACGAGGAAGGUCAUCAGCGACAAGUUUGAGAGCUUCGAUGAUCGGAAGUUUUAUUAGACCUUUGUCAUAUAUGUCGAAUCAUAAUUGCUAUCACCGGUGUUAAUAAAUAUGAAAAAUACAAUCGACGUUUUUAACAUG